UCGCUCUCUUAUUGACUCCACUUGACCCACACGCAACUGAGGCAGAAAGAGAGGGGGCUGCUGGAUAUAUGCUUUUGUGAUGAAGCCGUUCGCUACAAAGACAGGAUCGAGUUUCAGCUCAGAGGCAGUCAGGCAAUGAUAAUCAGAACGAAGAGUGAAGAACUACACUAGAACAAGUGAGAUGAAGGUGAACAAGAACCGAACAAGCUGCAGAUAACUCGCCUCUUAUUCUAAUACAACUGGACAUUUAACAAAACUAUACUAAAAAAGAUAAACCACCACAUCUCUGAUUGGAUUCUACUGAUCAACUUUACAUAUAAAAAGUUUUUUUGUUUGUUUGUUUGUUUUUUUUUCGGAAAAGAAAUGAAAACGUUGGACAUUUUUGCAUUAUGCCGGUGGAUUUGUUGAUGGAUUUCUCUGGAAAACCAUUUUGAUGGAGUAAUGUUAAGAGACCUUCCAACUUUACACAGAUUUCUUUGACCAGCUGGGGGAGCUGGUACGCAGACAUCAAGAGGAGUGAAAUUCUCAUUCAAUAAAAGAAAGGAAGAUAUAUUUUCUUGUUUUAUUUUUGAAUGGAAUAAAACAACAGAGGGGGUUUGUGCACGCAGACAUAGAGAGCAUUCUAGAAGGUACUGCUUGUCCCUCUCUAAAUUCCUGGCUUCUCUGUUUUGUCAGAGACCAGCCCUUACCUCAUACAUCUUUCACGUUUCAUCGGCAAAAGAUCCUAGGAUGAGAAAAGUUGCUUUCGCUCCCCUGGGGCUGGCGGUGUCCUGCCCGACACUGCUGCUGGCAUUGAUCUCUGCAGUGUUCUCCUUCCCGUCUGGCCCUGCUUCUGACACAUGCACCACCCUGGUCCAGGGGAAAUUCUUUGGAUACUUCUCUUCAUCUUCGGUCUUCCCUUACAGCAAUGGUGGAGCGUCGGCUUCCCCUUGUUCCUGGAUCGUCCAGAACCCAGACCCACGACGCUACACCAUCUACAUGAAGGUGACCAAACCCACCUCCUGCUGCAACCCGCGCCUAAUCAGGACAUUUCAGUAUGAUUCUUUCCUGGAGACCACUCGCACCUACUUGGGCAUGGAGAGCUUCGACGAGGUCCUCAAGCUCUGCGACACCUCUACCCGGCAUGCUUUUCUACAGUCUGGCAAGCAAUUCCUGCAGAUGAAGAAGCUAGUGUCAGGGGGUGAACCCUCAUUGGCCUUGGCUGGGAAUGGCGAGUUCAUGGUAGAGUAUCUCGUUGUGGGUAACAGGAACCCUAGUCUGCCUGCCUGCCAGGUGCUCUGUAAGUGGUUGGAGAACUGCCUGGUGUCUAGUACCGUGGCUCGCCCCUGUGGCAUCAUGCAGACCUCCUGCCAGUGCUGGGAUGUACCACCCAGGAAACAGGACAGCUGCUACCGCGGAGGGAUCUAUCUGGAGAACUGCAUCCCUAGCGUGAAGGAGAGCAACAGGGAUGCUGAGAUAAUGGGUGGCUGGAGUCUGUGGAGCUCCUGGGCAGAGUGUAACAGUGUCUGUGGGGGAGGGGUGCAGACGCGCAGCCGCACCUGUCAAGCACCACUCGAGGAAGCCUUCCUGUGCGAGGGGGUGUUGGAAGAGGGACGACCCUGCAACAAGCAGCCCUGCACAUCCAAGGGGCGCUACAACUCCCGAAGCCAGGCCCUGCGCUCCGUCGAUAAUCGCAAGCGUGAGGAAACUCAGGAGGCUCUGCGGUACGGAUACACCUCUUCACUGACAGUGGACCCGGCGGCGGAGGAGUGGUCCCCCUGGAGUGUUUGCUCCACCACGUGUGGCGAGGGCUGGCAGAGUCGAACACGCUUUUGUGUGUCGUCCUCCUAUAGCACCCAGUGUAGCGGCCCCCUGCGUGAGCAGAGGCACUGCAACAACUCCGCCGUCUGUCCAGCCGCUCUAAUUGCAGUGCACGGGGCCUGGGAUGAAUGGUCGCCAUGGAGCCUGUGUUCAUCCACCUGUGGGAGGGGCUACAGAGACCGCACCCGCACCUGCAAGCCCCCCCAGUUUGGGGGUAAUCCCUGCGAGGGGCCAGAGAAGCAAACCAAGUUCUGCAACAUCGCCCUCUGCCCCGUGGAUGGCAACUGGAAUGAGUGGUCAAGCUGGAGCACGUGUUCAGCCUCCUGCUCUAACGGGACCCAGCAGCGAAUCCGUGAGUGCAAUGGGCCAUCAUACGGUGGGUCUGAGUGCCACGGCAACUGGGUGGAGACCAGAGACUGCUUCCUUAAACAGUGCCCAGUGGAUGGGAAGUGGCAGUUGUGGGGUUUGUGGAACAGCUGUACAAAGACAUGUGACGGCGGCACGCAGCAACGAGAGAGGAUCUGCCUCGGACCUUUCUUUGGUGGGGAGCAGUGCCCAGGACCCCGGGAAGAGUUCCGUCUCUGCAAUGAGAAGAAGUGCCCAGAACCUCAUGAGAUCUGUGAGGAGGAGAAUUAUGCCAAAGUGGUGUGGAAGAAGACUCCGUCUGGAGAGGCUGCUGCAGAGCGCUGCCCCCCCAACGCCUCGGGGCUGAUCCUGCGGAAGUGCACUCUGGAUGAGGAAGGGGUUGCUUACUGGGAGCCACCUACCUACAUGAAGUGUGUGUCCAAUGACUACAAGAACAUACAGAUUUCGACUAGGGAACACCUAUCAAAAGCACAGAGAGGGCUGAUUGGGGAUGGGGUGUCGGACAUCAUUAGAAAUCUGAUGGAGCUCUCCCAGGAUGGCACAAGCUACAGUGGAGACCUUCUGGCCAUCAUGGAUGUCCUCAAAAACAUGACUGAGAUCUUCCGGAGGGCGUACUACAGCCCCAAAGCUGUGGAUCUGCAGAACUUUGUUCAGAUUGUCUCAAACUUGUUAUCAGAAGAGAACCGGGAGCGAUGGGAUGAGGCACAGCUAAAGGGUCCUAAUACCAAGGAGCUGUUCCGUCUAGUUGAGGACUUCAUUGACGUCAUUGGGUUCCGUAUGAAGGACUUCAGAGAUUCCUACCAGGUCACUGAAAACCUUGUCCUGAGUAUCCACAAGAGUCCGGCUAACAGUGCCACAGACAUCAGCUUCCCAAAGAAGGUCUGGAGGGGGAUGGUGGACUGGGCAAGGAAUUCAGAGGAUAAGGUCACCAUCUCCAAAAGCAGCCUCUCCACAGGAGUGCCGGAUGAGGAUGACUCCUCUGUUUUCAUGAUUGGAACUGUUCUGUACAGAAACCUGGGAAGUGUUCUUUACCUGCAAAGGAACAAUACUGUGCUGAACUCCAGGGUGAUUUCAGUCAUAAUAAAGCCGACUCCUAAUGCUCUGUCCACUCCACUGGAGAUUGAGUUUUCCCAUCUCUAUAAUGGCACCACGAAUCAGACCUGCAUCUCCUGGGACGAGACAGACAACACCUCGCCGCUUGGAGCCUGGUCUACCAGAGGCUGCAGAGCGAUCCCAGUUGAUUCAUUCAGAACCAAAUGUGUCUGUGACAGACUCUCUACCUUCGCCAUUUUAGCACGGCUAAAUCCCGAUAUGAACAUGGACAAGGUUCUCCUGCCCUCUGUUACCUUGAUUGUUGGAUGUGGGGUCUCCUCUCUCGCUCUCCUCCUCCUCAUCAUCAUUUAUGUCUCUGUCUGGAGGUACAUUCGAUCAGAGCGAUCCGUCAUCUUAAUCAACUUCUGCCUGUCAAUCAUCUCCUCUAAUGCCCUCAUUCUGAUUGGACAAACACAGACCAGGAACAAGGUGGUCUGCACCCUGGUGGCAGCAUUCCUGCACUUCUUCUUCUUGUCUUCGUUCUGCUGGGUGUUGACGGAGGCCUGGCAGUCCUACAUGGCCGUCACAGGCCGGCUGCGCAAUCGCAUCAUCCGCAAGCGCUUCCUGUGCCUGGGCUGGGGUUUGCCUGCUCUUGUAGUAGCUGUUUCUGUGGGGUUCACCAAAGCCAAAGGAUAUGGUACCAUAAACUAUUGCUGGCUCUCUCUGGAAGGAGGUCUCCUGUAUGCCUUUGUAGGACCAGCGGCUGCAGUUGUUCUGGUGAACAUGGUUAUUGGGAUUCUGGUUUUUAACAAACUUGUAUCCAAAGAUGGGAUAACAGAUAAGAAACUGAAGGAGCGGGCUGGGGCGUCACUAUGGAGCUCCUGCGUGGUCCUGCCCCUGCUGGCUCUCACAUGGAUGUCUGCGGUGCUGGCCAUCACAGACCGGCGCUCGGCUCUCUUUCAGAUCCUCUUUGCUGUCUUCGACUCACUCGAGGGUUUUGUCAUUGUCAUGGUGCACUGUAUCCUGCGCAGAGAGGUGCAGGAUGCUGUGAAAUGCCGUGUGGUGGACCGUCAGGAGGAAGUCAAUGGAGACUCUGGGGGAUCCUUCCAAAACGGACAUGCCCAGCUAAUGACGGAUUUCGAAAAAGAUGUAGACAUUGCGUGCAGAUCAGGCACUCUCAAGAGGUCCUCGCUUCAGGUAGACGAAAAGUUGACAACUCAGCAGCUCAGCCACCAGAAGGGGGUCAACUUCAACACCCUCCCCAGCAACAUGACCAAGCUGCACCUCCAGAACAUGGCCGACUACGCCACACACACCUUGACACUGAAAAAAGACAAGAGUGGUGGCGAGCUGCCCUCCGCCAAGUCCAUCUACAUCUGUGACGGAGAACUCUUCAAACAGCUGGACGCAGACCUAGCCCGGACUCAGACAGAGAACUCUGUCCCUGAUGGCAGCAGCUACAUGCUUUUGCCCAGCCACACCUCAACGUUGCGGGCCAAGCCCAAGAAGGAACCAGCUGAGUACAGCAUCAGCAUCGACCAGCUUCCCCAGACCAGGCUGAUCCACCUGAACACGGCUGGCGGGGAGCCUGGCACAGGCUUUGGGCUGAAGACUCUGCCUGCGGAGCGUGUCAGUGUCUCCUGCUCAGAACGUGAGUCGCCUAUCCAGAACAUCCAUAGCAUCUCCAGUGAUUCGCAGGUGACCAACAGCAUGUGUGAUGCCGGGGAUUCUGGAAACUCAGGAAUUAUGUCAAAGAGCGAGACUGUCUCCACCCUCUCCAUGAGCUCCUUAGAAAGGCGGAAAUCUCGGUACGCAGAAUUAGAUUUUGAGAAAAUCAUGCACACACGAAAACGACAUCAAGACAUGUUUCAGGAUUUGAACAGGAAACUGCAGCACGCAGAGAGAGAGUCACCACCAGGGGAUAGCAAGUCUGUGAAGCGCUGGAGUGUCUCAUCUGGGGGAAGUGAUAAAACAAACCUCAGUGAUAAACAGCAGACGCCCAACAAGCGAGCAUGGGAGGGGAUCCGCAAGACGCACUCCCCCCCUUCAUGGGUGCGAAAGGACCUGGAGACCCUACAGGCAUCCCCCCUGGAACUGAAGUCCGUAGAUUGGGAGAAAGCUGGAGCCACCAUCCCCCUUGUUGGCCAAGAAAUCAUAGACCUGCAGACCGAAGUCUGACUAACCGCAACACGGAGGGAUUUUCUGUUCUUAUGAUUUUCCUCGUUUAACAAAAAAAUAAACAACCUGGGUUUCAUUCGAAACCAUGGUGCAAGUAAGAAGUAGUGUUUUUAUAUCUGAAGAGUUGUUCCUUACAAAAAGAGAAAAGUACAUCUCUAGUUCUCUAUACAGUAUGACCUGGGUGGUUUUCACCAUCAAGAUAGUAAGACAAACUUGUGUGGUCAAAUGUUUAAAAUGGUUGACUUGCUGAGGGUAUUCUAAAUAUAUCUAAGCUGUAUUACUUCAGAUUGAGUUGAUGGCGUAAAAGAACAAAGCUUUUAAAAUAAGUUUGGGGCUGUCCACCACCUAGAAGACGUCUACAAUAAGUAUAGUGAAACCUCCAUAUCAAGAACGUUGAUGACCCAGUGCACCCUGUGGGGUUUCUCUAACUGCGUUUAUAGUAGCUGGACAUACUGCUUGUGGCGAGCUGAAGCUGCUGUUUUUCUCUCAGCCACCAAUAUCUAAUUUCUAACAUGCCUUUAAACUUUACACUGGAAGCAAAGCCUGAGAUAUGUACUCUAUUAUGACGGAGCCAUUGUGGGACUGUCAAAGAAAGAAUUAUAAAGGUUUGUAAUGCAACCUAAGCCCCGUUUCAUCAGUUAUCAACUACAGCAUAUAGUAGACCGCUGUACCCACCCCCUCGCUGAUUGGAGUAAAUAAUGUUUAUGGCUGCCUCAGAAAAAUGAAUGGGACAAACACCUUGAAAGAAGAUUAGACGGCGAUAGAUCGACGGACGGACUGGACCGGUAUUAUGACGGAGUGGCUCAAGAAUUAGAUCACGAAAAGGAGAGAUCAGUACUUUCCAGAAAAUGAACAGGCUUGUUUGCAAACUGUUCAUGAACCUGGGACAGUCCAGACUUUCUUUCAGAAUGAUGCUGCGGGUAAGACAAGAAGAGCCAAACUAAACAUUUCCUUGACAUUUGCUUGUGCAUGUGCAUCCAUUAGUAUGCAUACUUGUAUUUAGAUUAAAAGUAUUAAUUGCCAGUACUUCAUGGGUUGCUGCCAGUCCAAUGUCAUUGACAGUGAGAGGGUUUAAACAGUUACUUAUGCACCAUUUGAUUGGGUAUUUGAGAGGGUGAUAAAGAAUGAAAAGAAUAAGCUGACUGUUAUAACACCGCCACUCUUCACUCUCGUCCAGGCCAGUCCUUGCCUUGCAUUAUUAGCGUGAGGGUGUUCAUGGCAAUGGUGGUUAAUGCGAAUAUGAAAGCACUGCCUACCUCGUCCAGGUUCAUGUCUCAGUGAUACUGCCGUUCCCUAUGUGUCCUGUGGUUAGGUUUAGUCUUUUAGGGUUUUGGCAACCUCCAAAGAGGAAAUUACCUAAAACUAACAGGACCUUUGCAUAAACAUUAGCCACAAUAGUAUUUUAGACAUUUAAAAUUAUUGGAAGUCUUUUACAGGAAUCAGAUGAAAGGGGUUGAUCUGUUGAUUGCUUAAUAUACAAGCAUACUGCAUUCAUAAUUUUAAUAAUAAUGGCAUAUUUUCUGUUGUGUAUUAUAUUAAAAAAGCAUUUUAAAAAGUUCAGAAUAGUUGACAGAAAAAAAAAGAAAUAAAACUGUGAUACAAUUGUCAUAGUUUUGAUUGCACAUUAAUUGAAAGCACAAGGCUCAUGGUGGCCCUGUUGUAAAGUAUUGUAAUUAAAGAGUUACACAGAAUGAAUUUUAGCCUAUAAAUAUCUUUCUAAUGUGCUUCAGGUUUUUCUGAAUUUUCCUGUUCAGUUACUGGACUAUAACUGUGUUCUGUAACUCAUGUAACGAUGUGUGUUUUAAUAUCGUUGUCAAUGUACUGCUCCCCCCUCCCUCCCUGUUUAGUACCCCCAUACCCUCCUGAUUUGAUCAGUUGUAUUUGUCUGAACCCUCUUGUUUUUAUUUUCUAUUCUUUGUUCUAUUUUUUUCCUGUUUGUUUCUGUACAGUUUUUAGAGCACAAAAUGAA